GAUGCAUUUAGCUAUAGGUAAAUGUUUACAAAUGGCUGCCGCAUGGGACUUGUGAAAAACAAUAUUUCAAUUUGUAGCAAUUAAAGAGUUGAGACGAACGCAGUGGACAAUCAUCAUUAAUAUUUCGCUCUCCGGUACCUCUGGCACCCUCAGCAACAUCCACCAAUGACAUUAGUGUGUACGCUAGACAACAUGGUAAAUUGACUGAUGAGGAACGUGACACUCUUCUCUCUACGGACUGGAAACCAUCAGAGAAACACAUGUACAAAAAGACACAAUUCGGCAAAACAAGUCGGACAUUCCAGUCAUCCUGGCUCCAGAAAUAUCCAGGACUUGUGUACAGUGUCGAAGAAGAUGGAGCGUAUUGCGUACAUUGCGUCACAUUUCCAGGGAACAAAAAACGUGGAAAAUUAGUUAGUGAACCAUUUCAAAACUGGAAGAAAGCCAUUGAAGUCUUCGAUGGUCAUUUUUUUCCAGAUGCAAAGAAACACUCCAAAGACGGGGGUACUGGGUAUCAAGCCCACAUUGAUUCGCGCAUAUGUUGUGAGCAGUUUAUGAGUGUGAGAAAAAACAACGCUCCCGUAAAUAAGCAGGUCGAUGCAGCUCUGCAGGCCAGACGGAAGAAGAAUGCUGUGGUUCUUGAGUCUAUCACCAAGACAGUGUUGUUAUGUGCGCGCCAGAACAUAGCCCUCUGUGGGCAUUCUGACAGUUCAAAAUAUUAUGAUGAUGAAUCAGUGAAUUGUGGUAAUUUCCAAUCACUUAUAGAGUUUCGUGUUGAGUCAGGUGAUUCUGUUCUCAAGGAACACUUUGCUACUUGUGGGAAGAAUGCUACCUAUCGCAGUCCUACAAUUCAGAAUGAACUUCUUGACAUUAUGGGACAGACAGUUGAACGCAAGGUAGUGAAUGAAAUAAAAACUGGUGGUAAAUUCUACUGUGUGUCUGCCGAUGAGGUACGUGACAACGGUAACGUGGAACAGCUACCCGUGUGUGUCAGGUUUAUAGACGAGUCUGACAAGAUCCGAGAAGAGUUUCUCCGGUUUGUAGAUGUCAGUCCAGAUACCAGUGGCGAGGCUCUCUCCCAAGCUAUCCUCGACGUGCUAACAGACGUUGGUCUAGACCCUUCCAUGAUGCGGUCACAGUGCUACGAUGGUGCUGGUAACAUGACGGGUAAGACAAAAGGUGUAGGUCCAAGAAUCCAGCAUCAGUACCCCAGAGCUCUUCCGUUUUGGUGCACGGCUCACCAGUUGAACCGCUGUGUAGUUCAUGCUUCCAACAGCACACUUGUACGAAACAUGAUGGGAACAGUUGACAGGAUUGCUGUGUUCUUCAACUACUCGCCGAGACGACAGACCUGUCUUGCUGAAUGUCGGGCUGCCAUGGAAGUCACGAGUCCAAGCGCCAGAAGAUAAAGUCUCUCUGCCGUACACGCUGGGUAGAACGACACGACGCCCUUGAGGUCUUUAUCGACUUUCUACCCGCCAUGGUUGAUGCAAUGUCUCAGUUAAUGGAGAAUGAAACCAAGUCUACAACAUCUGCAACAUCUGCUGAAAUCUCUGGGUUUUUGAUGGCGAUUACUGGUUUCCAGUUUAUCGCUGUCCUGGUGAUUGUGACCCGCUGUCUCAGCUAUAUAAAACCCCUCACUGUUGCUCUUCAAGGUCGUUCGGUUGAUGUGGUCAAGGCCAUGUCUCAGGUUAGUGUGGUGCAGCAAGCUCUCCAAGAGGUCCGUGACAACAUCGACACUUACCAUAACACCUGGUUCCAAGAAGUUUCAACUAUCGCUGACAAUCUUGGUGUUCAGCCAUCUCAACCCAGACUGUGUGGUCGUCAGACUAAGCGUGACAACAUCGAAGCAGCAACACCCGAAUUGUACUACAAAAGAAACCUAACGAUUCCCUUUGUUGACACUUUUGUGAAUGAAAUGGACACCCGAUUCAGUGAUUUGCAGACUAAGGCAGCCAUGGGAUUGAAGCUUAUACCGGAACAAAUGUGCGCCUCUCCUGUCAGUGCUAGUGACCUUGAAUGGUUCAUUGAUGAUCUCCCUUCCCCUCAGUCCCUGCCUGCUGAGUUGCACUUGUGGCAGGCUAGAUGGAAAGGUGUUACCAACCCACCUACUACCCUUCAGGGGGCUGUUGAACAGUGUGAUUCACAGCUGUACCCCAACAUUUACACGGUCUUGUCUAUCGCAUGUGUGUUCCCUGUCACAUCAUGUGAGUGUGAAAGAAGUAUCAGUGCCCUAGGACUUGUAAAGACAAAACUGUGUCACAGAUAACAUUAUAGUAACGAUGGCGAAAGACAUUGGCGCCGAACUGUCGAUCGAUGACAUUGAUCGCUCCCACCGAGUAGGACCGCCAAAACACUCCGGUCAAAAGGCCAGGGACAUUAUUGUCAAGUUUGUGUCCUACAGAGCCCGGCAAAAACUCCACAGUGUGAGAUCGCGUGCCAAAUAUUCUGAUCGCUAUAAAGGGAACCUUAUUAACGAGUCGCUUUCAAAGCUUCGCAGUGAAUUGUUUUUUGAUGCGCGCAAACUAGUGCACGAUAAACUUGUUGAAAGCGCAUGGACCCACGACGGCAAUAUCCUGGUUCGAGACCUCAAACGUGUCAUCCAUCGAGUUGAAUUGGCUGAACAUAUUUGCAAGCUCCGUUCCAAUGCCAACCGGUCAUACGCAUCGGUCACAAAUGGCAGUAAAUAAAAACGCUUGUCUACAGUCUUCUUGCUGAACAGUAUACACAAACUAAGUUGAUGUGAACUGAUCCUAACCGAUGCGGUUAAACGUGGAAAUCAUGUCGUCUCUGUAAUGUCAUCUUACUAAUCCGUUUAUAUUUGUAAAUGGCAAUUAAUCUCAUCCUCUAUUAUACCCACUAUUUAACCAUCACUAGGUUAACAAAUAAUAAUUUUUCAUUAAAUAGCCCCCAGCAUAAAUAAAUAAAUAAUAAUAAAUGAACUAAUACUA